AUGUCUCUUGCUGCCCGAUUUCCUCUUCAUCCUACAAGCAACAAUCAGCAUGCCCAAAAGAAAACAAUCUCCCAACCAAAAACUACCUCCAGAAAAAAGAAAAAUAAGAUUGAGGAGAAGCAAGGAAACACAAUUGCCUGGGAUAAUUUAAGAAAAACUUAUUCCAAGGGUAGAACAAGAGAAACUACUGGCAAAACCAAUGAUUCCGUAGAUUGGGAGAAAGUUAGGGGCUCAUUAGUUGAAGAGGUGUCCAAGACCAUUAUGGGAAGAGGAAUGCAUAAUGUGCUUGCAGCACGAAUAAAGAAGUUCCUUGAUCGAAUGGUCAAAGAUCAUGGAAAAAUUGAUCUUGAGUGGUUGCGAGAUGUUCCACCAGAGAAAGCAAAGGAGUUCUUGUUGAGCAUACGAGGACUGGGGUUGAAGAGUGUCGAGUGCGUUGACAGGAAUGUCGGUCGGGUAGCAGUACGUCUAGGAUGGGUUCCUCUGCAACCACUUCCUGAAGGUGUUUCAAUACAUAUGCUAGACCAGUACCCAUCGGUGAAUGACAUUCAAAAAUACCUGUGGCCGCGCCUCUGCACUCUUGAUCAACAAACAUUGUACGAACUACAUUAUCAGAUGAUUACAUUUGGAAAGGUGUUCUGUACAAAGAGGCGACCCAACUGUAACGCUUGUCCAAUGAGGGGAGACUGCAGGCACUUUGCUAGUGCAUGUGCAAGUGCUAGACCCGCCCUGCCUGUGCCACAAGGAGAAAGUGUGGUGACUUCAAUGUUACCUGUUGCAGUGAUCCAAAACCCUGCCAUGCCCACUGCAUCAACACCACUGCCCCUGGCUGGGGCUAACAGUUCAGAGUCAAGAUACCGAUUGCAGAAUUGUGAACCUAUAAUUGAAGUUCCAUCAUCUCCGGGGCCGCUACAUAGAGAAUCUGCAGAAAGGGACAUUGAAGACUUGUACAGACCGUCAGUGGAUUUUAUGGACAACAUACUUCAAGAGGGUGAAGUGUCCAAAGCGCUGGUUGUUUUGAGCGCGGAAGCUGCUUCAAACCCUGUGUCCAAACUGAAGCAUGUGAGCCGUUUAAGGGCAGUUCACCAAGUAUAUGAACUUCCAGAUUCGCACCCUCUUGUGGCAAGGCUAGACAAACGGGAUCCUGAUGAUCGAUGCCCCUAUCUUCUUGCAAUAUGGAUGAACGCUGAAGCUGUGGAGGCCCCUCAACAACCUAAUAUUCAGGAGCAAGAUUUCCAAACCGUUGGUGGAACAAUAUUGAUACCUUGCCGAACAGCAAACCGAGGCAGCUUUCCACUAAACGGAACAUACUUUCAGGUUAACGAGGUAUUUGCUGAUGAUGAUUCUAGUAGACACCCAAUAGACGUUCCGAGAGAGUGGAUAUGGAACUUGCGAAGGCGAACGUUAUAUUGUGGAACCUCUACAGAAACAAUAUUUAGAGGCUUAUCAACAGAGGAAAUUCAAGAUUGCUUUUGGAGAGGAUUUGUUUGUGUGAGAGGAUUCAAUAGAAAAACAGGGGCGCCCAGACCUUUGGGGAAGAGGUUCCAUCUUUCGACAACUGCAGCAAGGAAGCCAAAACCAACAGACGAUGAGCUACGAUGAUACCAAACCAAG